AUUAUUCUUACAUUAAAGGGUGAAGAUGUCAACCGGACACUUGAAGGUGGGAGGAAGCCUCUUCACUAUGCAGCAGAUUGUGGACAGCUUGAGAUUCUGGAAUUUCUGCUAUUGAAAGGAGCUGAUAUUAAUGCUCCAGACAAACAUAAUAUCACACCACUCCUAUCAGCAGUCUAUGAGGGCCAUGUUUCCUGUGUGAAAUUGCUUCUGUCAAAGGGUGCUGAUAAGACUGUGAAAGGCCCAGAUGGACUAACUGCCUUUGAAGCCACUGACAACCAGGCAAUCAAAACUCUUCUUCAGUGAUGGAUGGACUGAUAUCUUAAAUGUCUCUCCUGUGGCCUCACACUGCUGCCUGUCUGUCACUCUUUGCAUCUUCCAGCUUCUUCAGCUAAAUACUUUGGGGGGAGGGAAAUUCUUUAUGAAUCAGACUAGUUAGGAUCUUGUAUCAAAGAUAAUCUGUUUGGAGAGGGUUGAAAACUAUUAUGAGCGUUGUCCCUCUAGGACUUCUUUUCAGUGCACAAUCUCUUCCCAUUUCUAGUGAAAAUGGAAGAAGGAAGACAUGAUCUUGAUUUUUGGUUUGUAAACCUCCUAGGUUAGUACUAAGAUUUUUGUUGAAUGAUUCCUUUAGAUGGAAGUACUGUGCUAUAUAGCUGAAAUUAAUUGUGAAGGAGACAAUAGUCCAAUGGUAUUAGUGUCUGCCAUAAUCUGAAUUGUAGUAAUGUAGGUGGCUGGGUUGCUUUUCUCUCUUCUCUCUCAGUGGGUAUCUUUAUUCUUCUUCUGCCUAAAGCUACGUUGCAGUUUUGAGGAUUUUUCAUACUAGUUAUUGGAGCUGUUCUUUCUUUUGACUAAUUAGAUGUCACACUAAUGUUUUUCUGACUCUUGAGUAAACCAGGAAAGAUCAAUUGAGGUGUGGUGGUGUUACACUCCAGAAUAUCUGCCAAGGUACUUUUGGAUGCUUGAAUUUGAGAUUUUUCUUUCCCAUGUUUGUUCUAGUCCAGGACAGACCAUUUAAGCAACUGGUUUUGAAAGAGUUAAAAAUGUCCCUCUAUUUCCAAAAGGAUUUUAAGAUGGUAUUGCUUUACUC